AAAUAAAGAAAGCGGUUGACUAACUGAACUCCACGACCCACUCACCUGCCACCACCACUGUCACCCAAAAGCAUAUUCUUGACUCAAUCAAAACAACCCAAUUCAUAAUUUGACUCGGACAUCUUCUUAGCUUGAUCUACACUAAAACCCACAUUUUAUUUUCCGCAAAUCUCAUAGUGAACGAAAGAAAAUUUGAAAAAGAUGCAUGAUUUUUGCUUGACGAUCCCGUAUGGGUUAAUUCUGGUAGUGGGAGGGAUAAUGGGGUAUGUGAAAAGAGGGAGCACUGCAUCGUUAGGUGGAGGAGUGGGUACUGGAUUGCUUUUAAUUUUAGCUGGGUAUAUCGGUCUUAAAGCUUUUCAAAGAGGGAAAAAUUCUUAUCCUGCUUUACUCAUUGCCACUGUUUGUGCAGCGGUGCUGACAUUUGUCAUGGGACAGCGUUAUAUUCAAACCUCUAAGAUUAUGCCUGCUGGUGUUGUUGCUGGGAUAAGUGCUCUCAUGACUGGAUUUUAUCUUUACAAAGUUGCAACUGGGGGCAAUCACAUUCCAGCCAAGGCUGAGUGAAUGCGUCCAGAUACGUAUACCACUACUUACAGGAGAUGAAUUGGGAUAUAGAAACUCAGAAUGCCUGUAUUGGAAAUUGUUAGUUGCCUGAACAAAUUUGAACUGGCAUCCUGUGUCCUUGUAUUAGUUUUUUGUAUGAUACAUUUGUCCUUUUACAUCAGAUAUUUUUUAAAAGAGAAACCUGAAACUUACUGUA